AUGUCGGCCAAUAUGGACUAUGCAGUCAAGUUGGUUUGAGAAUAAAGUAGUUGUCUCCAUAGCGAGUACCUUACUACCAACAGAGCCAGUACUGCAGUUCUACUGGACUCAGUGGGGAGCUCCAUCAAACUUCCUUGGUGGUGCCCAACAUCUAUUUGGAGUUCCUGACUUCGAAAAAUUAUACAUUUUAUUUUAUUUUAUGGAGGUGUUGAUUGUUAUGGGGGUGCCCAGCCCUCCUGUAAUUCUAACCGUGACUGUUGCUCUCCAGACUCUAACCAUGACUGUUGCUCUCCAGACUCUAACCGUGACUGUUGCUCUCCAGACUCUAACCGUGACUGUUGCUCUCCAGACUCUAACCGUGACUGUUGCUCUCCAGACUCUAACCGUGACUGUUGCUCUCUAGACUCUAACCGUGACUGUUGCUCUCCAGACUCUAACCGUGACUGUUGCUCUCCAGACUCUAACCGUGACUGUUGCUCUCCAGACUCUAACCGUGACUGUUGCUCUCCAGACUCUAACCGUGACUGUUGCUCUCCAGACUCUAACCGUGAAUGUUGCUCUCUAGACUCUAACCGUGAAUGUUGCUCUCUAGACUCUAACCGUGACUGUUGCUCUCCAGACUCUAACCGUGACUGUUGCUCUCCAGACUCUAACCGUGACUGUUGCUCUCCAGACUCUAACCGUGACUGUUGCUCUCCAGACUCUAACCGUGACUGUUGCUCUCCAGACUCUAACCGUGACUGUUGCUCUCCAGACUCUAACCGUGACUGUUGCUCUCCAGACUCUAACCGUGACUGUUGCUCUCCAGACUCUAACCGUGACUGUUGCUCUCCAGACUCUAACCGUGAAUGUUGCUCUCCAGACUCUAACCGUGACUGUUGCUCUCCAGACUCUAACUGUGACUGUUGCUCUCCAGACUAUAACCGUGACUGUUGCUCUCCAGACUUUAAUCGUGACUGUUGCUCUCCAGACUCUAACCGUGACUGUUGCUCUCCAGACUCUAACCGUGACUGUUGCUCUCCAGACUCUAACCGUGACUGUUGCUCUCCAGACUCUAACCGUGAAUGUUGCUCUCUAGACUCUAACCGUGACUGUUGCUCUCCAGACUCUAACCGUGACUGUGCUCUCCAGACUCUAACCGUGACUGUUGCUCUCCAGACUCUAACCGUGACUGUUGCUCUCCAGACUCUAACCGUGACUGUUGCUCUCCAGACUCUAAACCGUGACUGUUGCUCUCUAGACUCUAACCGUGACUGUUGCUCUCCAGACUCUAACCGUGACUGUUGCUCUCCAGAUUCUAACCGUGACUGUUGCUCUCCAGACUCUAACAGUGACUGUUACUCUCCAGACUCUAACCGUGACUGUUGCUCUCCAGACUCUAACCGUGACUGUUGCUCUCCAGACUCUAAUCGUGACUGUUGCUCUCCAGACUCUAACCGUGACUGUUGCUCUCCAGACUCUAACCGUGAAUGUUGCUCUCCAGACUCUAACGUGACUGUUGCUCUCCAGACUCUAACUGUGACUGUUGCUCUCCAGACUCUAACCGUGACUGUUGCUCUCCAGACUUUAAUCGUGACUGUUGCUCUCCAGACUCUAACCGUGACUGUUGCUCUCCAGACUCUAACCGUGACUGUUGCUCUCCAGACUCUAACCGUGACUGUUGCUCUCCAGACUCUAACCGUGACUGUUGCUCUCCAGACUCUAACCGUGACUGUUGCUCUCCAGACUCUAACCGUGACUGUUGCCCUCCAGACUCUAACAGUGACUGUUACUCUCCAGACUCUAACCGUGACUGUUGCUCUCCAGACUCUAAUCGUGACUGUUGCUCUCCAGACUCUAACCGUGACUGUUGCUCUCCAGACUCUAACCGUGACUGUUGCUCUCCAGACUCUAACCGUGACUGUUGCUCUCCAGACUCUAACCGUGACUGUUGCUCUCCAGACUCUAACCGUGACUGUUGCUCUCCAGACUCUAACCGUGACUGUUGCUCUCCAGACUCUAACCGUGACUGUUGCUCUCCAGACUCUAACCGUGACUGUUGCUCUCCAGACUCUAACCGUGACUGUUGCUCUCCAGACUCUAACCGUGACUGUUGCUCUCCAGACUCUAACCGUGACUGUUGCUCUCCAGACUCUAACCGUGAAUGUUGCUCUCUAGACUCUAACCGUGACUGUUGCUCUCCAGACUCUAACCGUGACUGUUGCUCUCCAGACUCUAACCGUGACUGUUGCUCUCCAGACUCUAACCGUGACUGUUGCUCUCCAGACUCUAACCGUGACUGUUGCUCUCCAGACUCUAACCGUGACUGUUGCUCUCUAGACUCUAACCGUGACUGUUUGCUCUCCAGACUCUAACCGUGACUGUUGCUCUCCAGAUUCUAACCGUGACUGUUGCUCUCCAGACUCUAACAGUGACUGUUACUCUCCAGACUCUAACCGUGACUGUUGCUCUCCAGACUCUAACCGUGACUGUUGCUCUCCAGACUCUAAUCGUGACUGUUGCUCUCCAGACUCUAACCGUGACUGUUUGCUCUCCAGACUCUAACCGUGAAUGUUGCUCUCCAGACUCUAACGUGACUGUUGCUCUCCAGACUCUAACUGUGACUGUUGCUCUCCAGACUCUAACCGUGACUGUUGCUCUCCAGACUUUAAUCGUGACUGUUGCUCUCCAGACUCUAACCGUGACUGUUGCUCUCCAGACUCUAACCGUGACUGUUGCUCUCCAGACUCUAACCGUGACUGUUGCUCUCCAGACUCUAACCGUGACUGUUGCUCUCCAGACUCUAACCGUGACUGUUGCUCUCCAGACUCUAACCGUGACUGUUGCCCUCCAGACUCUAACAGUGACUGUUACUCUCCAGACUCUAACCGUGACUGUUGCUCUCCAGACUCUAAUCGUGACUGUUGCUCUCCAGACUCUAACCGUGACUGUUGCUCUCCAGACUCUAACCGUGACUGUUGCUCUCCAGACUCUAACCGUGACUGUUGCUCUCCAGACUCUAACCGUGACUGUUGCUCUCCAGACUCUAACCGUGACUGUUGCUCUCCAGACUCUAACCGUGACUGUUGCUCUCCAGACUCUAACCGUGACUGUUGCUCUCCAGACUCUAACCGUGACUGUUGCUCUCCAGACUCUAACCGUGACUGUUGCUCUCCAGACUCUAACCGUGACUGUUGCUCUCCAGACUCUAACCGUGACUGUUGCUCUCCAGACUCUAACCGUGACUGUUGCUCUCCAGACUCUAACCGUGAAUGUUGCUCUCUAGACUCUAACCGUGACUGUUGCUCUCCAGACUCUAACCGUGACUGUUGCUCUCCAGACUCUAACUGUGACUGUUGCUCUCCAGACUCUAACCGUGACUGUUGCUCUCCAGACUCUAACCGUGACUGUUGCUCUCCAGACUUUAAUCGUGACUGUUGCUCUCCAGACUCUAAUCGUGACUGUUGCUCUCCAGACUCUAACCGUGACUGUUGCUCUCCAGACUCUAACCGUGAAUGUUGCUCUCUAGACUCUAACCGUGACUGUUGCUCUCCAGACUCUAACCGUGACUGUUGCUCUCCAGACUCUAACCGUGACUGUUGCUCUCCAGACUCUAACCGUGACUGUUUGCUCUCCAGACUCUAACAGUGACUGUUUACUUCUCCAACUCUACGUGACUGUUGCUCUCCCAGACUCUAACGUGACUGUUUGCUCUCCAGACUCUAACCCGUGACUGUUGCUCUCCAACUCUAACCGUGACUGUUGCUCUCCAGACUCUAACCGUGACUGUUUGCUCUCCAGACUCUAAACCGUGACUGUUGCUCUCCAGACUCUAACGUGACUGUUGCUCUCCAGACUCUAACCGGACUGUUGCGCUCCAGACUCUAACCGUGACUGUUGCUCUCCAGACUUUAAACCGUGACUGUUGCUCUCCAGACUCUAACCGUGACUGUUGCUCUCCAGACUCUAACCGUGACUGUUGCUCUCCAGACUCUAAACCGUGACUGUUGAUCUCCAGACUCUAACCGUGACUUGUUGCUCUCCAGACUCUAAAACCGUGACUGUUGCUCUCCAGACUCUAACCGUGACUGUUGCUCUCCAGACUCUAACCGUGACUGUUGCUCUCCAGACUCUAACCGUGACUGUUGCUCUCCAGACUCUAACCGUGAAUGUUGCUCUCCAGACUCUAACCGUGACUGUUGCUCUCCAGACUCUAACCGUGACUGUUGCUCUCCAGACUCUAAACCGUGACUGUUGCUCUCCAGACUCUAACCGUGACUGUUGCUCUCCAGACUCUAACCGUGACUGUUGCUCUCCAGACUCUAACCGUGACUGUUGCUCUCCAGACUCUAACCGUGACUGUUGCUCUCCAGACUCUAACCGUGAAUGUUGCUCUCCAGACUCUAACCGUGACUGUUGCUCUCCCAGACUCUAACCGUGACUGUUGCUCUCCAGACUCUAACCGUGACUGUUGCUCUCCAGACUCUAACCGUGACUGUUGCUCUCCAGACUCUAACCGUGACUGUUUGCUCUCCAGACUCUAACCGUGACUGUUGCUCUCCAGACUCUAACCGUGACUGUUGCUCUCCAGACUCUAACCGUGACUGUUGCUCUCCAGACUCUAACCGUGACUGUUGCUCUCCAGACUCUAACCGUGACUGUUGCUCUCCAGACUCUAACCGUGACUGUUGCACUCCAGACUCUAACCGUGACUGUUGCUCUCCAGACUCUAACCGUGACUGUUGCUCUCCAGACUCUAACCGUGAAUGUUGCUCUCUAGACUCUAACCGUGACUGUUGCUCUCCAGACUCUAACCGUGACUGUUGCUCUCCAGACUCUAACCGUGACUGUUGCUCUCCAGACUCUAACCGUGACUGUUGCUCUCCAGACUCUAACCGUGAAUGUUGCUCUCCAGACUCUAACCGUGACUGUUGCUCUCCAGACUCUAACCGUGACUGUUGCUCUCCAGACUCUAACCGUGACUGUUGCUCUCCAGACUCUAACCGUGACUGUUGCUCUCCAGACUCUAACCGUGACUGUUGCUCUCCAGACUCUAACCGUGACUGUUGCUCUCCAGACUCUAACCGUGACUGUUGCUCUCCAGACUCUAACCGUGAAUGUUGCUCUCCAGACUCUAACCGUGACUGUUGCUCUCCAGACUCUAACCGUGACUGUUGCUCUCCAGACUCUAACCGUGACUGUUGCUCUCCAGACUCUAACCGUGACUGUUGCUCUCCAGACUCUAACCGUGACUGUUGCUCUCCAGACUCUAACCGUGACUGUUGCUCUCCAGACUCUAACCGUGACUGUUGCUCUCCAGACUCUAACCGUGACUGUUGCUCUCCAGACUCUAACCGUGACUGUUGCUCUCCAGACUCUAACCGUGACUGUUGCUCUCCAGACUCUAACCGUGACUGUUGCACUCCAGACUCUAACCGUGACUGUUGCUCUCCAGACUCUAACCGUGACUGUUGCUCUCCAGACUCUAACCGUGACUGUUGCUCUCCAGACUCUAACCGUGACUGUUGCUCUCCAGACUCUAACCGUGACUGUUGCUCUCCAGACUCUAACCGUGACUGUUGCUCUCCAGACUCUAACCGUGAAUGUUGCUCUCCAGACUCUAACCGUGACUGUUGCUCUCCAGACUCUAACUGUGACUGUUGCUCUCCAGACUCUAACCGUGACUGUUGCUCUCCAGACUUUAAUCGUGACUGUUGCUCUCCAGACUCUAACCGUGACUGUUGCUCUCCAGACUCUAACCGUGACUGUUGCUCUCCAGACUCUAACCGUGACUGUUGCUCUCCAGACUCUAACCGUGAAUGUUGCUCUCUAGACUCUAACCGUGACUGUUGCUCUCCAGACUCUAACCGUGACUGUUGCUCUCCAGACUCUAACCGUGACUGUUGCUCUCCAGACUCUAACCGUGACUGUUGCUCUCCAGACUCUAACCGUGACUGUUGCCCUCCAGACUCUAACAGUGACUGUUACUCUCCAGACUCUAACCGUGACUGUUGCUCUCCAGACUCUAAUCGUGACUGUUGCUCUCCAGACUCUAACCGUGACUGUUGCUCUCCAGACUCUAACCGUGACUGUUGCUCUCCAGACUCUAAUCGUGACUGUUGCUCUCCAGACUCUAACCGUGACUGUUGCUCUCCAGACUCUAACCGUGACUGUUGCUCUCCAGACUCUAACCGUGACUGUUGCUCUCCAGACUCUAACCGUGACUGUUGCUCUCCAGACUCUAACCGUGACUGUUGCUCUCCAGACUCUAACCGUGACUGUUGCUCUCCAGACUCUAACGUGACUGUUGCUCUCCAGACUCUAACCGUGAAUGUUGCUCUCUAGACUCUAACCGUGACUGUUGCUCUCCAGACUCUAACCGUGACUGUUGCUCUCCAGACUCUAACCGUGACUGUUGCUCUCCAGACUCUAACCGUGACUGUUGCUCUCCAGACUCUAACCGUGACUGUUGCUCUCCAGACUUUAAUCGUGACUGUUGCUCUCCAGACUCUAACCGUGACUGUUGCUCUCCAGACUCUAACCGUGACUGUUGCUCUCCAGACUCUAACCGUGAAUGUUGCUCUCUAGACUCUAACCGUGACUGUUGCUCUCCAGACUCUAACCGUGACUGUUGCUCUCCAGACUCUAACCGUGACUGUUGCUCUCCAGACUCUAAUCGUGACUGUUGCUCUCCAGACUCUAACAGUGACUGUUACUCUCCAGACUCUAACCGUGACUGUUGCUCUCCAGACUCUAACCGUGACUGUUGCUCUCCAGACUCUAACCGUGACUGUUGCUCUCCAGACUCUAACCGUGACUGUUGCUCUCCAGACUCUAACCGUGACUGUUGCUCUCCAGACUCUAACCGUGACUGUUGCUCUCCAGACUCUAACCGUGACUGUUGCUCUCCAGACUCUAACCGUGAAUGUUGCUCUCUAGACUCUAACCGUGACUGUUGCUCUCCAGACUCUAACCGUGACUGUUGCUCUCCAGACUCUAACCGUGACUGUUGCUCUCCAGACUCUAACCGUGACUGUUGCUCUCCAGACUCUAACCGUGAAUGUUGCUCUCCAGACUCUAACCGUGACUGUUGCUCUCCAGACUCUAACCGUGACUGUUGCUCUCCAGACUCUAACCGUGACUGUUGCUCUCCAGACUCUAACCGUGACUGUUGCUCUCCAGACUCUAACCGUGACUGUUGCUCUCCAGACUUUAAUCGUGACUGUUGCUCUCCAGACUCUAACCGUGACUGUUGCUCUCCAGACUCUAACCAUGACUGUUGCUCUCCAGACUCUAACCGUGACUGUUGCUCUCCAGACUCUAACCAUGACUGUUGCUCUCCAGACUCUAACCGUGACUGUUGCUCUCCAGACUCUAACCAUGACUGUUGCUCUCCAGACUCUAACCAUGACUGUUGCUCUCCAGACUCUAACCAUGACUGUUGCUCUCCAGACUCUAACCAUGACUGUUGCUCUCCAGACUCUAACCGUGACUGUUGCUCUCCAGACUCUGUCAUUGUGCAUUGUCAGCAUGCACAGCACAAAAAGAACCGCUGCUGUGGGAAGUAUUUGUAAUUUUUCCAUUAAUUUGCAUCUUCUAUUCGGGAGCAUUGCAAACAUUUCAAAUGCGUUUUUGGAGAUCAGAGCUUUCAGUUGGACCUAGUGUGCAUCCCAAAUGGCACCAUAUUCCCUAUAUAGUGCUUUCAUGAAGUAGUGCACUAUAGGGAAUGUGGGUUGCCAUUUGGGACGCAAUCCUAGUCUAGAGCCACCAGCUCCACGCUAUUGAAUGUUAAUACAAUAUGGUAAUCAACCUCUCAACCCAUAGACUGUCAGUCAGUCACUGUAGCGACAGCUUGCUUAGUGCUGGCGUCAGUAUGCUGCCCACCAUCAGGUUAAAUAUGAUGCCACAGCAACCUCUGGUGGUAGAAUUGGUAUAACAUUCAGUUUGAUCAGGCUGAAUUAAUUAGACAUAUUUUCUGUCUCAUUCUUUUUCAUAAAUUCCUUUUCUCAUUCCUUUUAAUAUUGGAAAUGUUAUGUCCAAUAUGAUAUCGCUAUAUUUAAGUCAGUCAUUCCUGCUGGACUACUUAGAGCUCAGAGAAGCAAGGCGUUUCAACGUUCCGUGUCCCUGGAUUGAAUCUCUUGACUGCCUGUCUAUUAUAGUGUACAGCACGCCCAAGAAUCCACAGCAAACAACCGUAGACUGCAGAGACCUUUGCUGUCAGUAAAGGUUACUGCUUUAUGUCUUGUCUGCAGGUACCUGAAGCCUGAUGAGAACAAAAAGUCAAAGCACAAGACUGCUGUGAAGAAGAAGACCCUCAACCCAGAGUUUAACGAGGUAAGGAAGGACUCACUCUCUCUUCCUCUCUUUUCGGUCUCUGUUUCUCCUCUCUCAGGGAUCUCUUGUCUCUCUCAGACAUCACAAAUCCCUCCAAUAAUCCAUCCCAUUUAAGACUUGAGACUGAGGAGAGGAACCAGCCAUUUUCAAAUAAAGCUUUAUCAACUUACCUAUGACACUCAUUUUUCAAACUUGGAUAAUUAUACUGAACUUUUUUCCAGAAUGAUAGAAUUAUAUGAAAAUCACAACUUUAAUGCUGACUCAUUAUACAUGUACUCUUCUUACCAUCACAUCUCCCCAUAUAUCUCUUUUAUCUGGCCCCUGUAUAUCUCUGGGUGUCCUUAUCACACACUAGUAUCAAUUUUUUACAAAAAUGCGUUGGACAAAGAAGAUUGUAAUUAUUUUAUUGGAUUUUACCAUUUAUCACAGUCAUUAGCAUGGCAAAGUAGCAAGUAGCAACAAAUCUUAGGUUAGAAAAGCCAGUUAUCCGUUGAUGAUGUUUCAGGGCACAGAGGUGAGUUUCCAUCCCCUCCAGCCGCUCAGCUAUGAUGCUCCGGGCCUCCUUCAGAUCAGCCCUAUGUUAACUGUCAUUGAGAGGCCAACUUGACUGUAGUAAAAGUCUGUUUCCGUCACCUCUCCUGAGCCUGCCUCUUCUUCUCUAAAUGCCACACAACCACUCUACCAUUAGUCUGUUAUGAUGCUCAGAGCAGUGGGCUCCAGAGAGGCCCCGCUUUCAUGCUCAGACCGCUGCCAAAGAGCUAGCUUAGCACUCGACUGCAGCAUCGAGUGGCUUGCCUCUGAGAGUUCAGCUGUAUCAGAGUGAAUGGUGUUCUCCCAGACCACACGAGGCCCGUGACUUGACAUUUCCAAUGACAUUUCCUUUAGUCCCCAUUUCCAUCCUGUUGCUUGUUGGCCUUUCGGCUCGAGAUUAGGCAACCUGGGCUUCCAGUGCAUUAGGAAGGCAUUUUGGUUCAAUAAGGAAAACAGAUAACCUUGAGUAUUGAUGGAUUGAUAACUAAACGGAUUCUCCUCUAUCAGCAUGAUUAUGUAUGGUUAUAGGCAGCAGUAAUUCAUUGCCAUUGAUAAAAUUGUUUAAUACUUUUAUACACAUUUAUACUUUUUUAAAUAUCUAACUAUUUGACCUCCUAAAAACACCACUUUCAUGGGAUUUCUUCAACAUUCUAAAGCUCCCAUUGUUGAAAGCUCCCAUGACUUUCAACAUUCUAUUCACUGUAAACAAUGUGACCUUUGACGAAAAUAAGCUACUUAAAAACAUUUUCACAAAAACGUACACAAAAAUGUAUAGCGUAUGAAAUCUUAGUCUACUUCUCUGCUAUUCAAAUCGGAAAUCGGAACAGAAAUAUUGUCUACCAACCAAAUUAUAGCAAUUGGGGAGCACAUGAGACAGAUUAUGCCACACAGCUCACCCCAACCCACUAAAAAACGAACCCGCAAUAACAACCCCCACACUCACUAACCAAACUACAAUAUUCAUGGCUUGCACAUUUUGUCACAAUAUUGUUUUGAACGUUCUCUUGAGGACUGAUGCCCAAAUGAACGUUCUACUCAAUGCUUUGUCAAUUGGCGCUGAUGAAGAUGUAAUAAUAACUUUGCUAGCUAAUGGCAACAUUGCCCUAAAUUUGACGACAUCAUAAUGAUGGCAAAGUUUUUCCUACUUAUUAUUUCCCUACUUUAGCACUGUCAUCGUAUUUCCAAGCCACGUUAGUGUAAUUUAGACGAAACAGUAAUUAUAUGUGAUCUAUCUGCCCCACACUGCAAAGCAAUAAGGUUAAUAUAGUAGUCUAUCAAAGGAAUCAGACCAGAUAUUUAUAUAUAUUUUGGACUAUAUUUCACUGCUUCACUUAAGAAAUAUUUUUAAAAUUCUUCAACUAAAAUAAAAAUACUUUUAAACAAGUGAAGCAAUUCACACAAUUUUACUUCAUGUAAAAUUACAUUUCUGGUAUUUAAAUAAGAUUCCUUCAAUUAUGUUUCUGGUGGAAUAUUUUUUGGGGGAAACUGUUUGGCAAGUCAAGUUUUUACAUAUAUAUAUUUUUUUACUGGCUUUUGUAGGAGUUUUUCUACGAAAUCAAAUACGCUGAUCUCAGCAAGAAGACCCUGGAGGUGACCGUGUGGGAUUACGACAUCGGCAAGUCCAACGAUUUUAUAGGUAAGCACUAAGCAAGUGACCGUGUUACCAAGCGUAGUGACCAAAUCGUUGUGCGCGGCUGCACACUGCCCUGCCACCUACACCGGUGACACUCCUGACCAGCCCGGGCUCCCCUGUCACUCUGCACCUGACACCUCUGUUUACAACACCUACUCACCCACCAGAGGCCUCCAUCUGUCCUGGUACCUGCCCAGGGCCACAAACCUGGAUCCAAAUGACAACAACAAACAACUGAGCUCUAAAGGAGCAAGCACGAAACACUGACCCUUGGUGCGUGCCAGCCAGGCUAUCAGCUUUUCAGGUUGUCAUGCUGACAUGUGGUUGGUGGGCAAGACAUUGAACUUGAAGUGCACUUGAACUUGUCUGAGUGAGGGAAGUACUGUAAAUUACGAGAUCAAUGUAUUUUGAAAGAUUAGACGUUGAGGAUUAUAAUACAGUGCCUUCCGAAAGUGUUUUGUUGUGUUACUGCCUGAAUUCAAAAUGGAUUUGUUUUAAAAAUACAAAAAACAUCCAUCUAUACACAAUAUCCCAAAAUGACAAAGUGAAAACAUGUUUUUUUAUUUGUUUUAUUUAUUUAUUGAAAAUGAAAUACAGAAAUAUCUCAUUUACAGUGAGGGAAAAAAGUAUUUGAUCCCCUGCUGAUUUUGUACGUUUGCCCACUGACAAAGACAUGAUCAGUCUUUAAUUUUAAUGGUAGGUUUAUUUGAACAGUGAGAGACAGAAUAACAACAACAAAAAUCCAGAAAAACGCAUGUCAAAAAUGUUAUGAAUUGAUUUGCAUUUUAAUGAGGGAAAUAAGUAUUUGACCCCUCUGCAAAACAUGACUUAGUACUUGGUGGCAAAACCCUUGUUGGCAAUCACAGAGGUCAGAUGUUUCUUGUAGUUGGCCACCAGGUUUGCACACAUCUCAGGAGGGAUUUUGUCCCACUCCUCUUUGCAGAUCUUCUCCAAGUCAUUAAGGUUUCGAGGCUGAUGUUUGGCAACUCGAACCUUCAGCUCCCUCCACAGAUUUUCUAUGGGAUUAAGGUCUGGAGACUGGCUGGGCCACUCCAGGACCUUAAUGUGCUUCUUCUUGAGCCACUCCUUUGUUGCCUUGGCCGUGUGUUUUGGGUCGUUGUCAUGAUGGAAUACCCAUCCUCGACCCAUUUUCAAUGCCCUGGCUGAGGGAAGGAAGUUCUCACUCAAGAUUUGACGGUAAAUUGCCCCAUCCAUCGUCCCUUUGAUGCGGCGAAGUUGUCCUGUCCCCUUAGCAGAUAAACAACCCCAAAGCAUAAUGUUUCCACCUCCAUGUUUGACGGUGGGGAUGGUGUUCUUGGGGUCAUAGGCAGCAUUCCUCCUCCUCCAAACACGGCGUGUUGAGUUGAUGCCAAAGAGCUCGGUUUUGGUCUCAUCUGACCACAACACUUUCACCCAGUUCUCCUCUGAAUCAUUCAGAUGUUCAUUGGCAAACUUCAGACAGGCCUGUACAGUGGGGGAAAAAAGUAUUUAGUCAGCCACCAAUUGUGCAAGUUCUCCCACUUAAAAAGAUGAGAGAGGCCUGUAAUUUUCAUCAUAGGUACACGUCAACUAUGACAGACAAAUUCAGAAAAAAAUAUCCAGAAAAUCACAUUGUGGGAUUUUUUAUGAAUUUAUUUGCAAAUUAUGGUGGAAAAUAACUAUUUGGUCACCUACAAACAAGCAAGAUUUCUGGCUCUCACAGACCUGUAACUUAUUAUUUAAGAGGCUCCUCUGUCCUCCACUCGUUACCUGUAUUAAUGGCACCUGUUUGAACUUGUUAUCAGUAUAAAAGACACCUGUCCACAACCUCAAAUAGUCAUACUCCAAACUCCACUAUGGCCAAGACCAAAGAGCUGUCAAAGGACACCAGAAACAAAAUUGUAGACCUGCACCAGGCUGGGAAGACUGAAUCUGCAAUAGGUAAGCAGCUUGGUUUGAAGAAAUCAACUGUGGGAGCAAUUAUUAGGAAAUGGAAGACAUACAAGACCACUGAUAAUCUCCCUCGAUCUGGGGCUCCACGCAAGAUCUCACCCCGUGGGGUCAAAAUGAUAACAAGAACGGUGAGCAGAAAUCCCAGAACCACACGGGGGGACCUAGUGAAUGACCUGCAGAGAGCUAGGACCAAAGUAACAAAGCCUACCAUCAGUAACACACUACGCCGCCAGGGACUCAAAUCCUGCAGUGCCAGACGUGUCCCCCUGCUUAAGCCAGUACAUGUCCAGGCCCGUCUGAAGUUUGCUAGAGUGCAUUUGGAUGAUCCAGAAGAGGAUUGGGAGAAUGUCAUAUGGUCAGAUGAAACCAAAAUAGAACUUUUUGGUAAAAACUCAACUCUUCGUGUUUGGAGGACAAAUAAUGCUGAGUUGCAUCCAAAGAACACCAUACCUACUGUGAAGCAUGGGGGUGGAAACAUCAUGCUUUGGGGCUGUUUUUAAGCAAAGGGACCAGGACGACUGAUCCGUGUAAAGGAAAGAAUGAAUGGGGCCAUGUAUCGUGAGAUUUUGAGUGAAAACCUCCUUCCAUCAGCAAGGGCAUUGAAGAUGAAACUUGGCUGCGUCUUUCAGCAUGACAAUGAUCCCAAACACACCGCCCGGGCAACGAAGGAGUGGCUUCGUAAGAAGCAUUUCAAGGUCCUGGAGUGGCCUAGCCAGUCUCCAGAUCUCAACCCCAUAGAAAAUAUUUGGAGGGAGUUGAAAGCCCCAAAACAUCACUGCUCUAGAGGAGAUCUGCAUGGAGGAAUGGGCCAAAAUACCAGCAACAGUGUGUGAAAACCUUGUGAAGACUUACAGAAAACGUUUGACCUGUGUCAUUGCCAACAAAGGGUAUAUAACAAAGUAUUGAGAAACUUUUGUUAUUGACCAAAUACUUAUUUUCCACCAUAAUUUGCAAAUAAAUUCAUUAAAAAUCCUACAAUGUGAUUUUCUGGAUUUUAUUUCCUCAUUUUGUCUGUCAUAGUUGACGUGUACCUAUGAUGAAAAUUACAGGCCUCUCUCAUCUUUUUAAGUGGGAGAACUUGCACAAUUGGUGGCUGACUUUUCCCCACUGUAUAUGUGCUUUCUUGAGCAGGGGGACCUUGCGGGCACUGCAGGAUUUCAGUCCUUCACGGCUUAGUGUGUUACCAAUUGUUUUCUUGGUGUCUAUGGUCCCAGCUGCCUUGAGAUCAUUGACAAGAUCCUCCUGUGUAGUUCUGGGCUGAUUCCUCACCAUUCUCAUGAUCAUUGCAACUCCACGAGGUGAGAUCUUGCAUGGAGCCCCAGGCCAUUUGCGAAUAAUCGCACCAACUGUUGUCACCUCCUCACCAAGCUGCUUGGCGAUGGUCUUGUAGCCCAUUCCAGCCUUGUGUAGGUCUACAAUCUUGUCCCUGACAUCCUUGGAGAGCUCUUUGGUCUUGGCCAUGGUGGAGAGUUUGGAAUCUGAUUGAUUGAUUGCUUCUGUGGACAGGUGUCUUUUAUACAGGUAACAAGCUGAGAUUAGGAGUGUGCUCCUGCUCCUAAUCUCAGCUCGUUACCUGUAUAAAAGACACCUGGGAGCCAGAAAUCUUUCUGAUUGAGAGGGGGUCAAAUACUUAUUUACCUCAUUAAAAUGCAAAUCAAUUUAUAACAUUUAUGACAUGUGUUUUUCUGGAUUUUUGUUGUUGUUAUUCUGUCUCUCACUGUUCAAAUAAACCUACCAUUAAAAUUAUAGACUGAUCAUUUCUUUGUCAGUGGACAAAAUCAGCAGGGGAUCAAAUACUUUUUUCCCUCACUGUACAUGAGUAUUCACACCCCUUUGCUAUGACCCUCCAAAUUGAGCUCAGGUGCAUCCACUUUCUGAAGGCACUGUAUAUGUGUUGUGUUCUAACCCUUUUCUGCUGUUCUCCCGUCCCCGCUCUCAGGUGGCGUGUCCCUGGGCAUCAGCGCCAACGGAGAGAGGCUCAAACACUGGUUCGACUGUCUCAAAAACAAGGACAAGAAAAUUGAGCGCUGGCACACGCUGACCAACGAACUUCCUGGUACAACAUUCAACGACUAA